UACUGGGAGAGCAUGCAGAUAGUUGGCUGUGUCUGUGGUGGAGUGUGAGAGGCCCAGGGAGCCACCGAGAGUGGAGCUCAGAUCAGUUACAGCAGGCAAAGCAAAGCAGACUGGUGAGCAAGUGAUCUGGGAACAGAGAGGGGGGAAAGUAGUGUGGGCUAUAGGACAGUGAUAAGGCAAAUAAAGAAGAGUAGGAAGAAAGGGAUUUUGUUAAUCUGGAAGACUUAGUUUGAAGGAGACAGGAGAGGCAGUUAAGAGGGCAACUGCAAGGGGCAAAGACAGCCAGACAAGGAACACCUGGACCGAGCAGGGCAUUAAGUUACCUUGAAUAACAGGAAGCUGUCUCUGUGAUUUUACAGUCACAGUCUCUUAGCUGAGCUGCAGUUGUGUUGCUGUGAUUUGAGAGGAGCAUGUUUGACUGCAUGGAGGCUCUGGGGCUGGCCCCGCGGCCCCUCUUUGAUGUGUCGGGACAAGGCUCCUGCAUGCUGGGGAAGGCCACUCCUUAUUUCUCCGGUCUGGACCACUUUGCCUGGACCGGGACUGGGACAGGCAGCGUUCAGUCGGUAGAGACCCAGAGCACCAGUUCAGAGGAGAUGGUGCCCAGCUCUCCUUCUCCUCCUCCUCCCCCUCGGGUCUACAAGCCGUGCUUUGUGUGCCAGGACAAGUCAUCUGGUUAUCACUACGGAGUGAGCUCCUGUGAGGGCUGCAAGGGUUUUUUUCGACGCAGCAUCCAGAAGAACAUGGUGUACACCUGCCACCGAGACAAGAACUGUCAGAUCAACAAAGUGACUCGCAACCGCUGCCAGUACUGUCGGCUGCAGAAGUGCUUCGAGGUUGGCAUGUCUAAAGAAGCGGUGCGUAAUGACAGGAACAAAAAGAAGAAGGAUGUGAAGGAGGAGGUGGUGCUGCCAGAGAACUAUGAGUUGAGUGGAGAACUGGAGGAGCUGGUUAACAAAGUUAGCAAAGCUCACCAGGAGACCUUUCCAUCUCUGUGCCAACUCGGAAAAUACACCACAAAUUCAAGUGCUGACCACAGAGUACAGCUGGACUUGGGCCUGUGGGAUAAGUUCAGUGAGCUCUCCACUAAGUGCAUUAUAAAGAUUGUGGAGUUUGCCAAGCGGCUACCGGGCUUCACUUCGCUCACCAUCGCUGACCAGAUCACCCUCCUCAAAUCUGCAUGCCUGGACAUUCUGAUGCUGAGGAUAUGCACUCGUUACACCCCAGAACAGGACACAAUGACCUUCUCAGACGGCCUGACUCUCAACAGGACACAGAUGCAUAAUGCAGGCUUCGGUCCGCUCACAGACCUGGUGUUUGCCUUUGCUGGUCAGCUGCUGCCUUUGGAGAUGGACGACACAGAGACGGGGCUCCUCAGCGCCAUCUGUCUCAUCUGCGGAGACCGUAUGGACCUGGAAGAACCAGAGAAGGUUGACAAACUGCAGGAGCCCCUGCUCGAGGCUCUGAAGAUCUAUACCCGCCGUAGACGCCCAAACAAGCCGCAUAUGUUUCCACGCAUGCUAAUGAAAGUCACGGACCUCCGAGGAAUCAGCACCAAAGGUGCAGAAAGAGCCAUCACGCUGAAGACAGAGAUCCCAGGGCCCAUGCCCCCACUGAUCCGAGAGAUGCUGGAGAGCCCCGAUGCCUUUGAGGACAGUAGUGACUCAGGGGACAGUGCUGCAGCAGCUGCCCCUGCCAUUCAAGCCAUCAAGCAAGAGGAGAAAGCCGUGUGUGAGUCGGCCGCCGAGGAGGAACAGGAGGAGGAGGAAGACGAUUACUGGGAUGAGGAGAAAGAGAGAGGGGCGGACAGUGAAGGGGAGCUGUGUGGGGAGGCGGCAGCAUUCUGGCAACAGAAAGGCACGACUGGGAAAACACAGUGAGAGAGAAACGGUGACCAUC